GCCGCCGCCCGCUCGUCCCCGCGGGGCCCCUUUGUGCUGCUGCUGCUGCUCCGGAGCUGCCUCAGCCAGGCGGCGGCUGCGUCACGGCCCCGGCGCUGCGGCCGCCCCGAGCCACCCGCGGAGGGAGAGCCGCCGCCUCGCCCCCUGCUCCGCCAUCGCGCCCGAGGCAGGGCCGGCAGCCGCGGCGCAGAAAAAUCCUUGUAUCCUGGAAGAAUGGUGAAACUGGGGAAUAAUUUCAGCGAGAAGAGCACAAAGCAGCCCCUUUUGGAGGAUGGAUUUGACACCAUCCCCCUGAUUACACCCCUGGAUGUCAAUCAGCUCCAGUUCCCACCUCCUGAUAAGGUUGUGGUUAAAACAAAAACAGAAUAUGAACCUGAUCGCAAGAAGGGAAAGUUCCGUACUCCUAAAAUAGCUGAAUUCACAAUCAGCAUCACUGAAGGGGUUUCAGAAAGAUUUAAGGUAACUGUGCUGGUCCUUUUUGCCCUUGCAUUCUUAACGUGUGUUGUAUUUCUGGUAGUCUACAAGGUUUACAAGUAUGAUCAUACCUGUCCAGAAGGAUUUGUUUUCAAGAAUAACCAGUGCAUUCCAGCUGGGUUGGAAAACUACUACUCUGAACAAGACUCCAGCGCUCGAGGGAAAUUUUACACAGUCAUAAACCACUACAACCUGGCCAAACAAACCAUCACGCGCUCCGUGUCCCCGUGGAUGACAGUACUGUCAGAGGAGAAACUGUCUGAACAGGAGACUGAAGCUGCUGAGAAAUCAGCUUAGGAUGAUAAGCUAAUUAUUAAAACUAUGUCAUUUGAAGGUAACUAAGGGACUUACUUCAAGGAACUUUUCAUUAAAUAUAAUUAUGGAUAAUUUAGAGGUUACUCAUGUUUAUGGUGUAACUGCUUCUGUUUGCUGAUACUGCUUUGCAAAAAAAAAAAGAAAAAAACUGAAAACAAAAACUUGCUGCAGAACAUUCAUGGGCAUAACCCCAGGUGCAUAUCAGCAUUGCUGUAGAGCUUUGACACCAUUUUCAAUGUUAAAAAAAUCCAAUGUUAGAUAUGUUCUUGCAGUUUAUUGGAUACUGAUAGAUUUUGUCACUGGAUUUUCAGGGCUUGGAUCUUAGAUAAAUCAUGUGUUCUCUUGUCUGAACAGAUAAUUAAUUAAUUACAUUUUUGAAUUCUUUUUCAUUUUGCAAACUGAAACACCCCAGCCAUAACUAGAGUGAUCUCAUGUUUAGCUGAAAGCUGUAAGUAAUGUUUAGUUUGGGCUCAAGCAAGAAUGACAGUCAGCACUGAUAUCGGGGCAUAAUGUAAUGACUUGUAUGGAGAAAGAAACUGUCAGGUCGCAUUUUUCCUUACAUUUCCUUUACUGUUUUUGUAAGUGAUAAUGAAGUUCUCUGCAACAAGGCAUGCUCAAUGUUUUCUUAUUGCUGUCAGCAGGAUUUAACUGCAUUUCCACUGUGGCUUCAGCAUCUUGGUAAGGAUGUGCACUGAAACACAAACUAGAUAGACUUAUGGAAAAAACACAGGCAGUUUUAGUGGUGGGUGUUGAGGAUAGUGUAAAAAAUAUACAGUUCAGGAUGUUCUAAUGAGAAAUGACAUCUUUUGAUCACACUAAAGAGGCAGAAAGCCUGUUCACAGUACAUGUAGUCCACUAUGUCAUUUGUUGGAUACAGCUGAAGGAGUAAUAUGUCUAAAUUUUCUCCUGUAUUACAUUCACAUUUUCCCUUUUUAUUAGUUAGAAGGAACUUUCUAUUUAUGUAUGGUUUGCAGUUUGAUACUUUUUAAAACAUGGAGCAUCACAAGUGAAACAGUAGCUUGUUAGAUACCACAACUGGCUGUUAAAGCUCCAUGUGAAACAGAGUGAAGAGUUAGAACUGUUUGUAUAUGGCUUGGGAGGGGAAAAGAUGUAGAAGAACAUAGUAUUGUGGAUGCACGUUUAAGUUCCAUUGUAAUUACAAACUUACCUAUUCUUUGUGUGAAAUCAUGUUUUCAUUUUUAUUAUAAAUCUUAAAUAUACAUUAUAAAAAGACAUCUUAUUAAUUUAACAUACAAAAGUGUGUGAAGCAUCUGGGCCAGCAAAUUGCCUUUUUAUUCAUGUAAUUUAAAUGGGACAAGGUAGAGUGGGCAUGUCAAAAGUUCCUUUUUUUUUUUUUUUUUUUGGUUAGAGGCUAUACAAAAAUUAAGGGCAAACAUCAGUGUAGGCUGUUUUUCAAGAUCUGUAGCAGAAAAAGUGUGGUCAGCUCUACUUCUGGUUUUCUCCAGCAGAAGCCUGUCAUCCCAAUACAGUAAAAAUAACCAUUAUGACUCAGCGCUCUAAAUUUGACAGGAAAUGUGCAUUACAGAGUGCAGCUGUAAAAGGCUUUUUAUUAAGUCAUCGUGGUAUGUGGAAUGCCUAAGAAGCAAUAAACUAUGUGCCAAUUUUUGCAUUGCAAUUGAAAAUACCAAGCUUAUGUUAAGAUCUUUAAAACAUAUCCAUGUUUUCAUUUGCUAACAGGCAUCUGCUUUACUGAAUAUAAUUGAUUCACAUGUAACUUUUGACAUUUUCACUCUGUGUAUAGUAAAGAAUAAAAAUGAUGUUACCUGUUGCAUAAAAUGUAUAGAAAUAUACAUUUCAGAAAAGAGAUAGGAAAACACACACCUUUCAUAUCAACAUACUUAUGGAGGACAUUCAGAUUUUACAGGAUGGAAAGCUCUGUUUCCUAAGACUGUUCUAAAUAGAAAUGAUUCAUGAUACAUCUCCUCCCCUUAAAUUUAGGACAAUAAAAACUUUAAUGCGAAAGUAAA